AUGUCUUCAGAACAUAGGCUCUAUUACACUACGCCUUCAACGAGCUUCCCUACCUCUCUGGCCCUUGGCAAUGGCCGGUUUGCUGCCUCAGUGCUUUCCUCUCCAGAGCAUGAGACAUUUUUGUUGAAUGAAGUUACUUUUUGGUCCGGAGAAGCUCGAAAUGCGGGCGAGGGAUUGGCUGAACGGCCUGAAGAUCCCAAGGCCGAACUGAGGAAAACGCAAAACUGUUAUCUCAAUGGGGACUAUGCUCAAGGGAAGAAGAGGGCAGAAAAGUACCUCGAGAGCAAGAAGAAUAAUUUCGGAACCAACCUUGGAGUUGGGAAGCUUGAUAUCGCUGUCACCGGCCAUGGAAAUCCUGCCGAUAUUCAAGAUUUCGAGAGAGAAUUACGCUUUGACGAGGCUAUAACUGAAACGAGAUAUAAAGUCAACGGCCACCAGUAUAAGCGAAGAGCUUUUCUAAGCCAUCCACACCAAGUCCUGGUGAUACAAUUUGAUGGCGAUGAUCUGAGUGGGCUCGAAGUUGCCGUCAGUGUGCAAGGCGAAAAUGAGGCGUUUACUUCCAAAGUAAACAGCGAGUCAAGGCUGGAGUUUGAUGCGCAAGCUCUCGAGACUGUGCACAGCGAUGGAACCUGCGGCGUCAAAGGCUUCGGUAUCGUUGCCGCAAAGGUUAAUGAAGGGAAGGUUGAGCAGAAGGACGGCAAGCUUACCAUUUCGGCACAAAAGAGCAUAACGAUAUUUGUGGCCUUCAAUACCGAUUAUAACGAAUCGCGCAAUGAGUGGAGAGAGAGAACUCUUCUACAAAUAGAAGACGUUCUCCAGCUUCCUAUUGAUGAUCUUUUGAAAGAACAUCUGGGAGAUUAUCAGCCGCUCUAUCGACGGAUGGACAUCAGGCUGGGGCCCAAGUCCAACCCCAACUCCAACAUCCCCACAGACCAGCGUCGGGGCAACUUUGAGUCCUCAGGAUAUGCUGAUCCUGGAAUGUUUGCACUUUAUUUCCACUAUUCGCGGUACCUCACAAUCGCUGGAACACGCGAAGACUCCCCCCUACCACUUCAUCUACAGGGCUUAUGGAACGAUGGCGAGGCCUGCAAGAUGGGCUGGAGCUGUGAUUACCAUCUCGACAUUAACACGCAGAUGAACUACUUUGCAAUUCUGAACAGUGGCCUGGCGGAUCUCAUGAAACCUCUCUACAAAUACAUCUUCAAACUUGCUGUCAAGGGCCAACAGACUGCUCGCACGUGUUACGGCUCCCGUGAAGGCUGGGUAGCUCACGUCUUCAGCAACGCGUGGGGCUUUACGGAUCCUGGCUGGGAGAUAUCAUACGGGCUCAAUGUCACGGGCGGCCUUUGGAUGGCAGCGCCUCUGAUUGAGAUGUAUGAGUAUACCCUGGAUGAUGGGCUCAUGAUGACCAACUUAUGGCCGCUACUGUUCGGUGCAACGAAAUUCUGGCUUGACUAUAUGAUUGAAGAUCCCAAAACCGGUUGGCUACUCACUGGCCCAUCUGUAAGCCCGGAAAACAGCUUCUUCGUUGUCAAUGAAGAUGGUACAAAGGAAGAGCACUCGGCUGACCUGUCGCCUACUCUUGAUGUUGUCUUGCUUCGCGACCUCUUUGCGUUUUGCGAGUACUUUGCUGGCAAGUUGAAAACUAUGACGGGCUUCCCUUGGGAUGAAGAUAUCAAGGAAUAUCAAAAGGUAUUGGCCAAGCUGCCACCGCUCCAAAUUGGCAAAAAUGGCCAGCUUCAAGAGUGGCUGCAUGAUUAUGAGGAGGCACAGCCCUACCACCGACAUCUUUCUCACACCAUGGCUUUGUGUCGGUCCGCUUUAAUCUCAGCUAGGCAUCAGCCUGAUUUGGCAGAGGCGGUGCGUGUGUCACUUGAGCGAAGGCAAGGCCGCGACGAUCUUGAAGACAUUGAGUUUACGGCCGCUCUUUUCGCUCUCAAUUAUGCUCGGUUGGGAGAUGCUGAGAAGGCUGUUGCUCAAGUUGGCCAUCUAGUGGGCGAGCUGAGUUUCGACAACCUACUUAGUUACAGUAAGCCCGGUGUAGCUGGUGCCGAGAAGAACAUAUUCGUCAUUGAUGGAAACUUUGGUGGUGCUGCAGCCAUUGCUGAGAUGCUGAUACGGUCAAUUAUUCCUCGCUUGGGAAGACCGGUUGAGAUAGAUUUGCUUCCAGCCCUGCCUGCAGCUUGGUCGGAAGGAUCGGUGAGCGGGAUGCGUAUUCGAGGAGGAUUGGAAGCUAGUUUUGCGUGGUCUAAAGGGAAGCUGGAAGGUGUAACGUUUAAGGCGUCUAGGCCUUCAUCUCUGGUUGUGUUUUAUGGCGAGCACCGAUUCGAAACGGCUUUUGAGGAAGCAGAGGUUAUUCAGCUGGGGCCGUCGCUACAGAAUUGGAGCAGGUAGAAUGACUGUUCUAAAAAAGAAGAUUAGGUCAAGGGAAAUAAACAGCAAGAUCAUGUUUGUGUUUAUCAUGGAAAUAAGUUAAAUCAAUAAUGAACUAAAUCUGUUUGG